AUGUCCGUCCAGCCAUCUCGUGCCCAUUCUGAGGUGUUUUCGGCUAGCCAAUAUGGCGGGGGACAGCCGAUUGUGGUCCCAGCCCCACCCCCGCCUCCCCGAUAUGCCAUUAAUUACUUCGCCUUGCCCACCUUUAUCAUCCAUGUGGUCGGAUUGGCUUGUUUGUGGGCAUUGUGGUACUACUUAAGGUAUUGUAAUAUAUGUAUUUUAUGACUGUAUUUAUACUUAAGCGCGGUAAUAGCAAUAUUUCCAGGUUUACAACUGUAUUUCCGUAUCAUCACCGUGUGUUUUACUGCAAAGAUAUUCAUCUUUAUAAGCCUAAUUUCAAACCCGAGGACUUCGAGGUCUACGUUUCGUAUACUUUACUCUAUAUCCUCGGCUUUUGUCUGCCUCCGCUCGUUGUAAGUCUCCUUAUCCAAGUGAGCGAACAUAUUCUUUAGAUGUUUAUUGGAGAGAUUGGCUUCUGGCUCUUCUCAACCAAGCCCAGGAAGACCAUUUACGCAACUUGUGGGGAAUGUCCGGUGCAUUUAUUUACCCGUAGAUUAUUCAGGUUUAUAAGUGAGUUGCUACCAUUUUUAACAUAACAAUUUAUGUUGAAGGUGUCUUUAUGUUCGGUGCUUUGAUCACUCAGAUCUUCGUGGAUACCAUCAAACUGAUGACUGGAUAUCAGCGUCCUUAUUUUCUUUCGCUUUGUAAUGUCUCUCUACCGUAAGUUAAAAUUCCUUUUUUGACAAAUCUUAAUGUCGAUGUAUUGUAGGGCCUGCACAGCCCCGUUAGAGCAUUCUCCAUCCCCAUCUCCGCAUCUGGCCUGUAAUUACAAGAAUGCGGAUGAGUUGAGAUAUGCCUGGUUAACCUUCCCUUCUCUGCACGCCGCCUUCUCGAGUUAUUCUUGCAUCUUUGCGUGUUGUUAUAUCUAUUACAUGAUCAAUCUUCGGGGGGCUCCUUUGUUAAGACCUCUUCUUAUUUUUGGAUUCCUUGGCCUUACUUUGGUGGAUUCCUUCUCCAGAAUCAAUGGCUACAAGAAUCACUGGAGAGACAUUUGGGUGGGAUGGUUGAUGGGAUUCUUCAUUGCCAUGUUCUUGGUGAGUGAAAUAAAAGAAAUUUAUAUUGUUUUAGUGUUAUUGUGUGCUUUGCUUCCAAGAGGUGUAUCAUUUUGUGGAGAAGGCACCAAUUCAGAUUGCUGAGCACCACGAGGAGAGAGUUUCUCCCUUCUUUUCUUGGUUCAGAUUACCCAGAGUUCAUGCGCCUUCCGUUAAAGAAGAAUAUGUGUAAGUAUCUAAACGUUAUUAGGAUCUACUUACCAUGUACUUGCCAUUACAUAUUGUUAUCCAAACAAUAUGUAAAAAUUUUUUUUAGGGUAUACGAAGAAGAUGUCCCAGCCCGACCGCCGAGUCAACAAGGAACUCGACGACGGAAUCAAGACCGGACUUAUGAAGUCACCACGACCACCGAGUCCUUCCACAGGACAAUCCACCCUCCAGGGAGUCACUCACCCACUCCCAAUCAACAAAACAAUUACUCGGCGUACUGA